UGUUGCACAGACCCUGUUUCAUCCUUACCCUUGCAAUCGAUCUACAUAUACUUACCUUGGAAAAUGGGCUAAGAAAUUAAAUGAAUUAUUUUUUUUUUAUGCACCAAGCAAGUGUUUACAAACGCCAUGGGAAGCAUGCAUAAUUCUUGAAAUUUAAAUUCUGAAUCUGAAUACAAAUACUGAAUUCUAGAACUGAGCUCACUACUUAGCUUGCCACAGAGUGCACUGUGUAGCACUUACUGGGUGGAGAAAAACUGCCCUGUGACUAAAGCUGAAAUGGAAAACCUUGCAAAUCUAGGCACAAGACCAAGGCUUGGUUAGCUGCCUGAGCGUACAAGGGACUCGCUACAGUCAUGUUCUCGAGAAGCACAUUCAGCAGCCCAGAUGCAGCUGAUAUUGCCCCACAUAAAAGGUCCAAGAAGGCGGCCUUGAGCAAAAAGAGGUCUCCGCGUCCAAAAGUUACUUUGGCUCUGAGGAACAAACUCCAGAAGUUCCUCCAAGGAUCUGGGGAGCCGUCAGACCAGGAUUACAGCCUCUCAUCUGUGGAGAUCGAAACAGACAUGUUCAUCUGCGGCAUUAAGAGGGACUCUUCCAACACCGAUGUUUCAGUCCUCCAGCUGCCCAAUGGCCAAGGCUGUGCUUUAAACCCAAAUGUUGCAUGCGUGGGGGAGGUGGAACUGAAUCAAGAAGGUAACAUCAAAAUCCCUUGCACCAUGCAAGCCAAUGGUCCAGAACUGGAGCCAGUUACAACUGAAGCAAUUCAAUUUGAUUGUCUUAAGGAAGAAGGGCUUAAGGAUAGCAUUUCAGAAGAUGGAACGAGCCCCAUCAGCGAUGCCGAGACACUUGUCUUUCCACUGCCAUCGAUUUUGAAAGGGGAGGAGGAGGAAGAUGAGGAAGAGACAAGCGACAUCAUUGAGCACAUCCUGAAAGAGCUCAGAGGGAUUAAUCGGAUCCAAGCGGAACUCUCGGACCUCCGGCAGUAUCUGACGUCUGUCCGGGGUUCAGUAGAGGAGGUCUCCUGCUGUGUGGAUUCUGUCCUGAGCGAAAUUGAGGGCUUGCGGUCAGGGACUGGACCCAGUCUCACCCCGAGACCCAACGACAGCAGUGGCUGCACAAGAGAGAAAGCAGAAGCAGCGCCACAAGAGCUGAUAUGCAGCCUUUUGUCAGAGUAUCACUGCUGGGACAAGGAGGGCCAGGCUGUAGAAAGGGGAAAUGACCACCCCUUAAGACUUGAACAAACCUGCCUAGCAGGUGCCCUCCCUGAUACUAUAACGCAUGAGGCAGAUGAAUGUCAGGAGAAUUCUGACCACAGCCGGCUUUACACUUUCGGCUCUCUGACGCGACAGGACGGGCAGGACUAUCCAAGCACAAGCUCUCUGUCUUCAGGCCGGAGCUUCAAGUCAGAUGAAUUUGAUUUGGAAGAAUGCAACAUUUUUAAUUCCAACCAGGAUGUCGGCCAUGAAUCGGACACCAAUGGCUGGGCUGACCUGGGCUUCAGGCACAGUAGGAGCUUUCAUGGUGAAGCUGAAUGGAAUGAGGAGGUAGGCUACUUUUGCCAGAAUGACUUGGAAGUCAAAGGACACCUUAGCGAGCUAUACAAAUCCUGGGAUGGCGGGAAGGGCCCUAUCAACACUCCAGCUCAGUCUUCAGGGAGUAGCUCUGAGCACUUGUCCUUAUUGUUCGGCCAUCAGUACCCCUCUCAUUCUCCCUCAUUUUCCCCAAGCUUGUCUGCUGAUUGGAGAGCUUGUGGGCAUGAUCCAGAAGUGCCCACUGCACAAGCAGGGAACUCCGACCUUGGCAAUGAAUGUACAAUGGAAGGCCCGUUCUCCACAGGUGUUGAUUAUCACCUCGCAGAGGGUUACAAAGAUCACAUGGGAAGUGUGCCCUCAGUUAGCCAUAGCCACAAUUCGAACACAUGCACUGACAGCGGUGAUUAUCAAGAAGGCAACUUGUUAGAGUAUUCUGCUGGAAUGGGCAUAUUGGAAGAUGGAAGAUCAAGGAAUGCUGAAGCAUUGCCCACAGGACUUGAGGAGGUCUCUUACCUCCCAAACCAUGCAAGUCACUGUCAGCGGACUGAGGGAGACCUCCCGUUCCCCAGUCUGGAACCUGAGAGCACUGAGCUCCUCAACAUGGGAUUCAAUGUGAAGAGGGUUGGGAAAGCUGUCCAGACCUUUAAGACAGCUUUAACAGGGGCUUUUAAAAAACGAGAAGGAACCAGCCCUUCCCAUCUGAAUGAACACAAUGGAGGUUUUGCUUUCCUCAUUAGUCCAGGCAAUUGCCUAGUUGAGAAACCUUGGAUGGGAAAUGGCCACCAGAAUGGGGCCAUCUCGACUUCCUUCCUUGAGGUGCCUCAAGAGGUACUGUAUAACCACACCUCUUCCCUGGACACUGAUAUCCCUAGGCUUGAGACUCGAGAGAACCUGCUUUCCAUCAAUACACCUUCAGACCUCCACGAUUCACCCCAAACUCCACUCUCCCACUGCACCCCUACCGAAUCCUGUUCCGAACAGACCGUCCAGGAGUAUCCUGCGGCUGUGGGAUUCCCCCAGGACGAGGUGUCCUCAAAUUCAGAAUGUGCCCCCAAGCUCAGUACCGAGAAGAUGGAAUACGUGCGCCAGGACACUGUCUACCUGAACAAGUGUCUCAGGAACUUCCAGAGCAUCCUGAAGGAGAAGAGACAAAUCCACAGGAAGAUGCUGAGGGAUAUAACAAGAUACACAUAUACCUGCUCCGAGGAAGAGUUCAGUGCAGAAGGCAGUAGAGAAGAUGAGCAGGGUCGAGAUGAUGGAGAUCCUUCAAAUCCUUCCUGGAGUAAAGGAGGGCAGGGCGGAGGCCUCUUUGGCAUUGACAGCAUGCCAGACCUGCGCAAGAAGAAGCCAAUUCCACUUGUUAGUGAUCUGGCUAUGUCCCUGGUUCAGUCGAGGAAGGCGGGAAUCACCUCGGCCCUGGCGACACGGACGUCCCUUAAGGAUGAGGAGCUGAAGAACCAUGUUUACAAGAAGACCCUGCAGGCCCUCAUCUACCCCAUCUCCUGCACCACGCCCCACAACUUCGAGGUGUGGACCGCCACCACGCCCACCUACUGCUAUGAGUGCGAGGGGCUUCUGUGGGGCAUUGCCAGGCAGGGCAUGCGCUGCUCUGAGUGCGGGGUCAAGUGCCACGAGAAGUGCCAGGACCUGCUCAACGCAGACUGUCUGCAGCGCGCAGCAGAGAAGAGCUCCAAGCACGGUGCGGAGGACCGCACGCAAAACAUUAUCAUGGCCAUGAAGGACCGCAUGAAGAUCCGCGAGCGCAACAAGCCGGAGAUCUUCGACCUCAUCAGAGACGUCUUCGUCAUCUCCAAGAUGGCACACGCACAGCAGAUGAAGACCAUCAAGCAGAGCGUGCUCGAUGGCACCUCCAAGUGGUCAGCCAAGAUCACCAUCAACGUGGUGUGCGCACAGGGUCUGCAAGCCAAGGACAAGACGGGCUCCAGCGACCCCUACGUGACCGCGCAGGUGGGCAAGACCAAGAAGAGAACCAAGACCAUCUAUGGGAACCUCAACCCUGUCUGGGAGGAGAAGUUCCACUUCGAGUGCCACAACUCCUCUGACCGCAUCAAGGUGCGCGUGUGGGACGAAGACGAUGACAUCAAGUCCCGGGUGAAGCAGCGGCUGAAACGAGAGUCCGACGACUUCCUCGGGCAGACCAUCAUCGAGGUGCGCACCCUGAGCGGGGAGAUGGACGUCUGGUACAACCUGGAGAAGAGAACAGACAAGUCUGCAGUGUCAGGAGCAAUCCGGCUGCAGAUCAGCGUGGAGAUCAAAGGAGAGGAGAAGGUGGCACCCUACCACAUCCAGUACACCUGUCUGCACGAGAACGAGUUCCACUACCUGGUGGACGUGCAGGGCAACGGGAUGGUGAAGAUCCCCGAUGCCAAGGGAGACGAUGCCUGGAAGGUGUACUUCGACGAGGUGGCACAGGAGAUUGUGGACGAGUUUGCGAUGCGCUACGGGAUAGAGUCCAUCUACCAAGCCAUGACCCACUUUGCCUGUCUGUCGUCGAAGUACAUGUGCCCAGGCGUGCCAGCGGUCAUGAGCACAUUGCUUGCCAACAUCAACGCCUACUAUGCUCACACCACCGCCUCCACCAAUGUAUCCGCUUCUGACCGCUUCUCCGCCUCCAACUUCGGGAAAGAGCGGUUUGUUAAGCUACUCGACCAGCUUCACAAUUCCCUGCGCAUCGACCUCUCCAUGUACCGCAACAACUUCCCAGCCAGCAGCCCGGACAGACUGCAAGAUCUGAAAUCCACCGUGGAUCUGCUCACCAGCAUCACUUUCUUCAGAAUGAAGGUGCAGGAGCUGCAGAGCCCCCCCAGGGCCAGCCAGGUGGUGAAGGACUGUGUGAAGGCCUGCCUCAACUCCACCUACGAGUACAUCUUCAACAACUGCCAGGAGCUGUACAGCCGCGAGUACCAGACUGACCCGAAUAAGAAGGAUGUGCCCCCAGAAGAGCAGGGGCCGAGCAUCAAGAACCUGGAUUUCUGGCCCAAACUCAUUACCCUCAUAGUGUCCAUCAUUGAGGAAGACAAGAACUCCUACACCCUCGUCCUCAACCAGUUCCCCCAGGAGCUCAAUGUAGGGAAGGUCAGUGCGGAGGUGAUGUGGAACCUCUUUGCCCAGGACAUGAUGUAUGCAAUGGAAGAGCAUGAGAAGCACAGGCUGUGCAAGAGUGCAGACUACAUGAACCUGCACUUCAAGGUGAAGUGGCUCUACAACGAGUAUGUACGAGACCUGCCUGCACUCAAGGGGGGCGUCCCGGAGUAUCCUGCGUGGUUUGAGCAGUUUGUGUUGCAGUGGCUGGAUGAGAAUGAGGACGUGUCUAUGGAGUUCAUGCAUGGAGCCCUAGAGAGGGAUAAGAAGGACGGGUUCCAGCAGACAUCUGAGCAUGCAUUGUUCUCCUGCUCGGUGGUGGACGUGUUCACUCAGCUCAACCAGAGCUUUGAGAUUAUCAAGAAGCUGGAGUGUCCCGACCCAGUCAUCAUGGGCCACUAUAACAGGAGGUUCGCCAAGACCAUCGGCAAGGUGCUGCUGCAGUACGCCGACAUCGUCUCCAAGAACUUUGAGUCUUACUGCUCCAAAGAGAAACUGCCCUGUAUUCUGAUGAACAACAUCCAGCAGCUCCGGGUCCAGCUGGAGAAGAUGUUUGAGGCCAUGGGAGGCAAGCAGCUGGACGCGGAGGCCAGUGAUACCCUGAAUGAGCUGCAGGUGAAACUGAACAACGUGCUUGACGAGCUGAGCACUGUCUUUGGGAACAGUUUCCAGUCCAAGAUUGAGGACUGUUUCAAGCAGAUGGGUGAUAUCCUGUGCCAGGUGAAGGGCACCAGUAACGUCCCAGCCAAUGCCCAGAGCACACUGGCAGCAGAUGCAGACAACGUGCUAAGGCCACUCAUGGACUUCCUAGAUGGAAACCUGAUGCUCUUUGCCAAGGUGUGUGAGAAGACGGUGCUGAAGAGAGUCCUGAAGGACCUGUGGAGGAUCGUCAUGAACACCAUGGAGAAAUCCAUUGUCCUGCCUCCUCUCACAGACACCUCGACUCAUGGCACACAGUUGAUUUUCACAGCAGCGAAGGAGUUGGGACACCUGUCCAAGCUGAAGGAUCACAUGGUGCGGGAGGAAGCAAGAAGCCUUACCCCCAAGCAGUGUGCCAUCCUGGAUCUGGCCUUGGAUACUAUAAAGCAAUACUUCCAUGCGGGAGGGAACGGGCUGAAGAAGAUGUUCCUGGAGAAGAGCCCUGAGCUGCAGUCUCUGCGCUACGCCCUGUCCCUCUACACCCAGACCACCGACACCCUCAUCAAGACCUUCGUGCAGACGCAGACCGCGCAGGGCUCUGGAGUGGAUGACCCGGUCGGAGAAGUGUCAAUACAGGUCGAUCUGUUCACACACCCAGGCACCGGAGAGCACAAGGCCACUGUGAAAAUUGUGGCAGCGAAUGAUCUGAAGUGGCAGACCUCGGCAAUGUUCCGACCCUUCGUGGAGGUAACGAUGAUCGGACCCCACCUGAGCGACAAGAAACGCAAGUUCACCACCAAGUCCAAAAACAACAACUGGGCCCCCAAAUACAACGAGACCUUUCACUUUAUCCUGGGGAACGAGGAUGGGCCGCACUGUUACGAGCUGCAGGUGUGUGUAAAGGACUACUGCUUUGCGCGGGAGGACCGCGUGCUGGGGAUCUCCGUGAUGCAGCUGCGGGACAUCGCAGACAAGGGCAGCUGUGCAUGCUGGUGUCCGCUGGGGCGCAGAGUGCACAUGGACGAGACGGGACUGACAGUGCUGCGAAUCCUCUCACAGCGCACCAACGACGAGGUCGCACGCGAGUUCGUCAAGCUCAAGUCAGAGUUGCGCUCGGCCGAGGAGGGGAGCUGAGGAGGGUACGCCACUGCUGCUCAGCCAGCGGCGGGGUUGUCUUCUCCAUCUCUGGACUACACUGUUAAUCUGUAUUGAGAGGGACGGGCUCUUCACUUCACAACAGGGAUUUCCUGAACACACAUAUCACACGGAACCUCUUCUGUUCCGUCUCUCUUGAUUUGUGAAGUGUCUGGGUGUUUACGAUUUUGUCCACAGUUGUGCAAACGAUUUGGGUUUGAAUUACUGUGCUUGCCAUUUUCAAUUUAUUAUUAGUGUUACUAUUGUUAUUAUCGAUACUUCUGCUACUAGUAGUACUAUCAUAGUCGAUAGUUUGAUACGUUUUGAACUAAUAUUUAUAGGUAUAAUGAACAGCCAAAUGAAGAACUGUCAGGCAGAUUUUGGAUCUGAACUGAAGGCACUUGUAUAUGUGGUUUACAGGUUUAGCUGUGGUAGUCUGAGCUCUAAUCUGACAGUUUAGCAGUUACCUGGAGAGAAGAUAUGCUUUGUACUGUUAAUUGUUGCGAGCUGAUAGAGAAAUAGUCAAUUAUAUUGCUUAUAAUUCCCUUGACAAAUGCAUUCAUAGUGUCUUACUCACUCUGUGAGGUGAUUUAACAUGAUUCUCGAAGGCGCUUUAUAAAACUGUACUAUUUAUGCGUAUAUCAAUCUGUUUUCCUUUGCGUAUAAACUUUCAGACUGCCUUCCUUAAUCAACUCAGUUUGCUCAACAGAGAGAGAUAAUUGGACAUGAUGCAUAAAUCAGAAAGUUGGCAAUUUCAGAGUUACAGUUUAUACAGCAAUUGAAAACAAUUCUUUACUGUAUUUGUAAUUACAGUGCUUGACUAAGUAAGUGCAUUACGCAGUACUUGAUCAGCCUCUUCUAUUGAUCAGUCGCUGCUAUUUAUUUAAUGCUUUGUCUUAGGAACUGAUCCAUUUGUUUAGGGCCGUUCAGUGCAUGUUCUAUAUGUUCUGAUCCAAUCAUCACAGACCAAGGCAUUUUUUUUGCAAACGUGAAAGUCUCUGUUGUGAAAUUGCCUCUUACCAGAAGUUGCAUUGUCCCUGCUCUGGCUUUGCCUCUAUAAAAUAAAACUAAAAAACACAAUUGUUUUUACAGAUAAUGCAUACAUACCCUUACCUUAACCAGAAAAAAAAGUUUUAAAAAUAUUUUGCAAGGGACCAGGUAGAUAAUUAUCACAUCUGCCAAUAUUCUCUGAACAGGACCAAACUGAAAGUGAUCUGCAUUGCGGUGCUGUGGUACCUUAUCACACAUGCCAUACUGCUGCUCUUUCGUCUUCACUUUUGCCAAGAGCAAAAAGAGAAUGCAACUUUCACAUUCCCUUUUUUGUUGUUGUUGAUGUUGGUAAUGCUGUAUCCCUCUUCAAAUGCUGGUCUGAUAUAGUCUCUGCACAUUGGUGUCGAAAGCUGGGACCAGAGAAGGCUAAAGUUUCUAAAGCCAGGAGUGUGAUGGUUGCUUUGAUUUGCACACAAAGAUUGACCAUCACAAGCAAGAUCUGUUAUUAACCGGACAGGGGUGACUGAUUUAUCCUUCUGAUGGCUUACAAGAAAACAGGUUUCCCUCAAACAGUAUUCUUUUAUAUGUGACACCAGUGACUUACAAACCACACCAUGAAAGUAUUCUGUUUGGCACCUAUGGCUCAGAGAAACUGAUAGGGAGAAAAAUUACAGGAGCACCACGUAACCCUCAGUGCUUCAAGCAACAACAGUAGUGUCCAGUGAUCACAUGGAAUCAUGGGUGUUGUAGUUCAACAACAGAGGUGUUCAGUGAUCACAUGGAAUCAUGGGUGUUGUAGUUCAACAACAGACUGGUGUGAAGGAAAGACCUAUAAAAGCCAGCAUUCUACAACAGGGGUAUUAAAACUGAAUCGCGUGCAGUACAUUCCAAGUUCCUCCCAGCUAGUUCCAGAUCCUGCACUCAAUCAAGCUCAAAUUUGUAUACGGGUGUUACAUAUGUAAAUUAUAUAUAGAGAUAUAUUAAAAGUAAUAAGAGAUAAAAAAAAAUAAAAAUAAAAAAAACCUCAAGUUUUGAUUGGGUGUGAUGAGAGUAUGCCAGCAUGUUUUAUAUUAUGUUUAUUACAUCUCAUCAAUCAUUUAUAGACCUUGCUUAAAUUCUGUUCGAAAUUGAUCUGUAUACAUGAGAAAAAUCCAAAAACAUCCCAGUAAGAGACAUUGGUGCUAGACCAAAAAAAUAAAACAUAACGCUAUAGUUUUUUUCAACCCUAAAUUGUGUGCCAUCAACUUUGUUGCACAGUCAGAAGCAUAACCUAAAUCUGAGAGAAAGUGCCAUACCACUACAUGGGUGAAUCCCAAAGAAAUCUGAGCAGGGGACUCUGGAAAGAGGAUCGGUUCAGCUGUUAGUUACCUCGGGGACUGAGCAGGGGACUCUGGAAAGAGGAUCGGUUCAGCUGUUAGUUACCUCGGGGACUGAGCAGGGGACUCUGGAAAGAGGAUCGGUUCAGCUGUUAGUUACCUCAGGGGGUCUGAGCAGGGGACUCUGGAAAGAGGAUCGGUUUAGCUGUU